AUGCGUAUUGAAGAGGUUAAUAGCACAACAAAGACCCAGCGGAUUGCCGCCCACAGCCAUAUUCGAGGGCUUGGUUUAGACGAGCAUGGUGAACCACUUCAAAAUGCUGCGGGUUUAGUUGGACAAAUUGGCGCACGCGAAGCUGCUGGUAUUAUUGUUGAGAUGAUUCGGUCGAAGAAGAUGGCUGGCCGUGCCGUUUUAAUGGCGGGCCCUCCAGCCACCGGAAAGCAAUCUCCCAGGAACUUGGCAGUAGAGUACCGUUUUGUCCGAUGGUUGGUAGCGAGAAUUUUCGUCGUGCAAUCGGUACUAUAUUUUGGGACUAACGUUUUAGGUUUGCGCAUAAAGGAGGUAAAGGAAGUGUAUGAAGGUGAAGUCACAGAACUUUCCCCGGUUGAAACAGAGAAUCCAACAGGGGGAUAUGGAAAAACAAUUAGCCAUGUCAUUAUCAGCCUUCGCACCGUUAAAGGAGUUAAGCAAUUAAAACUAGACCCAUCAAUCUAUGAGAGUCUUCAGAAAGAGCACGUCGAAGUUGGCGACGUUAUAUACAUUGAGGCGAAUUCCGGAGCCGUCAAGCGCCAGGGUCGCUGUGAUGUUUACACAGCUGAGUAUGACUUGGAAGCAGAUGAGUACGUCCCACUCCCUAAGGGCGAGGUACAUAAAAAAAAGGAAGUUGUACAGGAUGUUACACUUCAUGAUUUGGACAUUGCCAAUGCCCGACCUCAGGGAGGUCAUGACAUCGUAUCGAUGAUGGGACAAUUGAUGAAACCCAAAAAAACCGAAAUUACGGACAAGUUGCGCAAGGAAAUCAACAAAGUUGUUAAUAAGUACAUUGACCAAGGCAUUGCGGAGUUGGUGCCAGGCGUCCUUUUUAUUGACGAAAUUCAUAUGUUUGAUAUCGAAUGCUUUACCUAUCUCCAUCGUGCUCUUGAGUCAACAAUCGCUCCCAUCGUCAUUUUCGCAACUAACCUUUCUCGUGGAUUAAUGAUAAAAGACAUUAUUUCUCCCCAUGGUUUGCCACUUGAUCUCCUUGACCGUGUAAUGAUCAUCCGCACUCUGCCAUACUCAUUUGACGAGACCUUGGCCAUUCUUCGAAUCCGUCCAAUGAAUCUAGCCUCCAAUGUUGGCAAAAUCCAAUUUGCCGCUGACUUUCAGGAAUCAGUGAAAGUAAGUUACGUGACCUCUUUUACUCCUAGAUUCGGCAUCCAGCUUUUGACGCCUGCAUCCCGUCUUGCUCAACUAGCUGAGAGUGAAGAAAUAACACCAGAGCACAUCAAUGAGGUGAGCGGUCUUUUCCUGAACGCCAAGCAGUCGGCCAAAGUCCUGGCAGAGCAUGGCAGUCAAUUCCUCAAGUGA